AAAGUAUUGUUCUUCCCAUGGCAAAAUUGGCUUUGUUGGUUUCUCUUUUCGUUUGGGUUGUUUCUCUUCUAGAUUUUUCUCAAGCAAUCUCUUCUUGUAAUGGACCGUGUCAAACCUUGAAUGAUUGCAAAGGUCAAUUGAUUUGUAUAAAUAGUCAAUGCAAUGAUGAUCCCGAUGUUGGAACUCACAUUUGUUCAAACGGCGGCGGAGGAGGUAGAGGUGGAGGUGGAGGAGGAGCAAAAUUUCCACCAUCUUCAAGUGAUGGUUGCGAGGCAUUUGGAAACUUGAACUGCAAAGGAAAAUUGUUCCCCCAGUUCAAAUGCUCGCCUCGAGUGACUUCCUCGACUCGAGCCAUCCUAACAAACAACGACUUUAGCAGAGGUGGUGAUGGUGGAGACCCUUCUGAAUGUGAUGGCAAGUUCCAUCACAACUCUAAAAAAAUAGUGGCAUUGUCCACGGGUUGGUACAAUGGGGGCUCUAGAUGUGGGAAGAAGAUCAGAAUUACGGCUAGAAAUGGAAGGUCAGUUUUGGCUAAGGUGGUGGACGAAUGUGAUUCUAUUAAUGGAUGCGACAAGGCACAUGCUCACCAGCCGCCAUGUCGGAACAAUAUUGUGGAUGGUUCAAAUGGAGUGUGGCACGCUUUGGGACUUGAUAUAGAUGUAGGUGAAGAACCUGUCAUCUGGUCAGAUGCUUGAUAAAAAAAAUAAUAUCAUAUUUUAAUUUUGCAUGUAGUCUUGAAUUUAUAGAAAUGUU